ACAUCCAUCCCCAAAAGAUGUCCUGCUACGAUUUGUGCUCCAUCAACACCAGUGGCAUCAGCUGCCCCCAGCCCAUCGCUGACAGCUGCAACGAGCCCUGUGUCCGGCAGUGCCCUGACUCCACGACCGUGAUCCAGCCACCUCCUGUUGUUGUCACCAUCCCUGGACCCAUCCUCAGCUCCUUCCCCCAGCAAGCUGUGGUGGGAUCCUCUGGAGCACCCAUUCUUGGGGGCUUUGGGGGCUCCUCCCUGGGCACUGGGGGCCUGUAUGGCUAUGGAGGCUCCUCCCUGAGCUAUGGGGGUCUGUAUGGCCUUGGGAGCUAUGGGGGCUAUGGAAGCUCCUCCCUGGGCUAUGGGGGUCUGUAUGGGGGUUCCUCCCUGGGUUACGGGGGCCUUUAUGGCUAUGGUAGAUCCUAU